CCUGUAUCCCACCCCGCGCCUCCAACUUGUUCUUCCGCUGCAAGACAGCAGUCCCGAGCUGUAUGCCUGUAUGUAUCCUGCUACCGUUCUUGUCUAGUCGUCUUCCUCGGCAAGCCGCGGCGGUCGUUGCCCCCUCGUAUAAUCUACUCGCGGCAUCCUUGUCAUCGCCGUUUCGAUUUGGUUGAUACAGAGGGGAGCCGCGAGGGGGCGGAGAUGCCGACGCUGACGAAGCUGUACAGCAUGGAGGAGGCUGCCCUCCACAACACGCCCGACGACUGCUGGGUCAUCGUCGACGGCAAGAUUUAUGAUGUGACCAAGUAUUUGGAAGACCAUCCUGGGGGUGCCGAUGUUCUGCUCGAAGCAACCGGUAAGGAUGCUACAGAAGAAUUUGACGAUGCAGGGCACAGCAAGAGUGCCAAGGAUCUAAUGCAGGACUACUUCAUUGGGGAGGUGGACUUGGACCCAACUCCUGACAUUCCUGAGAUGGAGGUUUUCAGGAAGGAGCAGGACACGGGAUUUGCCAGCAAGCUUAAGGACAACGUGGUGCAGUACUGGGCAAUCCCAGCAGCUGUAAUUGGGAUAUCAGCUGUUGUUGCUAUAUUGUAUGCGCGAAGGAAGUGAAAGUUAAUGUGCCAUGCUUGGGCAGAUGAUCCUUUUAGGCUUUGUUCGUUUCAUCCCUAAUCCAUGGGGAUUGAGGGGGAUUGGGGUGGAUUGAGGGGGAUUUUGACUUGUAGUGGAUUCAAUCCCUCUCAAUCCCCAUGGGUUUGAUAAAAACGAACAGGGCAUUAGAGGGAUCAACCCAUGGUGCAUGGAUGGGUAUAUGUACUCCUGUCCCAAAUUACACUAUGAUGUUCGAUUCUUAGACACACUUAGGCAAACAUUUGCCUGAUUAAUGACACUAUUUUAUCGAUAUGACAAUCAAUUGAUGGAUUUAUACUCUUGGAACCAAUUGUCAUGCUUGCUGGCUUGAAUAUGUUCCAUGCAGCCUUUGAUGCCUUUGAAUGUCAUGGAUUGCCGUUCCAUCUUUUACCUUUAUCUCAACCGAAUUCCGUGCUAUCUGCUGUUUCACAUUAUUCAUAAGAUGUGAAGCUGAAUUGCUGGAGAUUUAACAAAAGCUUUAUCUACUGCUUGUUAAAUAUCAACAGUCAUCACAUCUUCACAGUUUCUUUCAUUUUUUUUACCUUAAUAAACUGUCUAAAUCUUGAAUAAGGUGCAGAUGGUUGGGCAGUAGACUUCAGAAGGUUAUAUGUAACUUUAGCUGGUCCCUCUUUUGAUUAAUCUAUUCUUUCAUUGCAAGUAUUUCACCAUCGCCUGGCGAAGUCUCAUGUACAUUGAGUAACCUGGAAGGGUGCAGUUGGAUGGAUGGCAUUGCUUAAAGGAGUGGCAAAAGCCAAACAUGUGGAAGGUGAGCGCCGAGGGUGAUGAGCGUCAAGCUGGGGUUUUGCUUUGAACUAACUAGCCAACAAACCAAAAGCUACGGAGGAACCAUCGGCCCAUCCUUCGAUUGCACUACAUCCAUGGUCUCUUAUGGAUAUAUAUACCAGGCCAUGGGUGGCAUAUGCCCUCUUCUGUGCUCGGAGGCUUGAGCAGCAGAACCAUCAAGGCCUGAUAUUUUUCUUCGUGGUUGAUGGUUAGGAACAAUUUGAUCCUGCAUCCAAUCUAAGGUAAGUUGCUUCUAUGAAUUCGUUCGUUGUUAUUGUAAUGUAGUUGCAGCAAUAUAGUAUUCAUUGUUGAGGUUAUGUUUUUAGUUUUAAUGGAUCUAGUUGCUCUGGUUUGAUCGAUUAUUGAAUCUGCUGUUCUGCAGUUAUUUUACCUCUAGACUAGAACUUCAGUAUCAAAUGUAAAAAAUCUGUGAUCUAGUUUCAUUGAAGGAUAUAUGUUAUGUGCUUCAUCAAAAAGGUUAGAUUAUGUAGCACCCGUCAUGACACUUUCCGAAAAGGCAGUAGUGCUAGCGCAAAACAAUCAGGAAAACAUCAUUUUUGAGGCUGAGUUGGCCUUUUGAAUUGUCUCUUUUGUUUUCAACG